AGGCAGGGAGGCAGAGAGAGACCCGCCGGGAGAAAGAGAGGGAGAGAUUCGAUCCUUAGCGACCGCGACAUGGAGCUAAGGAUGAGAUGCAUGGUCCAGCUUGGUUUAGGCCGCGGGCGAUCGAAUAUAUGCUCUCUACCCCUCCCCUCCCCUAAAGCGUGAGAUGGACGUAGUCCGUCCGGCCGAGCGCUUUGGCUUUUCAAGCUGGAGGCACGUUGCCGUCCGUCCCCAGAUCUCUCUCCCUAUCCCCGCCCCGGAAUUCUGAUUCAGUCGCCAAGUUGCUGCAGAGGGCAGAAGAACUGCUGGAAAGCGAAAGAGAGCUGGCUCUGGUUCUGGCUCUCGCCAAGCUAAGCUAUACCCUCCAUCUCUUUGUUCUCUUUGUUCGCCCGCGCGCCUUUAAUUAUUCCUGCCAUUAAACAAUGCCCUUCGCUCCACUGAGAGCUAGCUGUAGCGAAAUUCGGCCCAAUCCUCCCUCUGUACGGUGCCCGUCCCUCUCUUUUCAGAGAAAGAUCCUGCGUGCUCCGGUGCUCCCUCCUCUCCUCCGGGUAUAUAUUUGCUGCCUGCCCUGACAUACCUUCCCUACGCCAUAUCGUCGAUCACACACACAUACAUACGCAAAGGGAGCUGCUCUACCCGGCCGGAGCGGUUGAUUACCGCGUGCCUUAGCUUCGGGCUUUCAGCAAUGGCGACGCACGACAACUUGCCCUGCUCGACUUCUUGGAGAGAGCUCACACGCACCAGCUGGCGGGACGACGAUUACAGGAGGAUGGUGAUGGCGAGCCUGAUCGAGGCGGUGUACCUGCUGGAGCUGGAGAGGCAGGAGCGGCGGGACGCGGCGGAGGUGGCGCAGCAGUGGUGGAAGCCCUUCAGCUACCGCCUGGCGCACGAGCUGGUGGACGAGCGCGACGGAUCCGUAUUCGGCGCCAUCUUCGAGCGGGACGCCCACCACCUGUUCGACGGCCGUGACGACGCCGACCGCCGCGCCGCCCCGAGCGCGGUGAUCGCGUUCCGGGGCACGCUGCUGCGCGCGCCCACCAUCCGGCGCGACGUGGAGGACGAGCUCCGCCUGCUGGCCCGCAACAGCCUCCGCGGGUCCGCGCGCCUCGCCGGCGCCAUGCGCGCGCUCAGGGACACCAUCGACAGGUUCGGGUCCGAGAACGUCUGCCUCUGCGGCCACUCCCUCGGCGCCGGCUUCGCGCGCCAGAUCGGCAGGAUGCUCAUGGCCUCGUCUCGUCCUCAGCAGCAGCAGCAGCAGCAGGGGACGGCGUCGCUCGAGUUCCACCUGUUCAACGCGCCUUACCUGUCGCUGCCGAUGGGCGUGAGGAGGGUGGUCAGGACGGCGGACUGCCUUGUCAAGACGCUCCGCACCGGCGCCGCCGCCGUCGGCAAGUGGCACGGCAAGGCGCUCAAGAACGUUGGCUACGCCAACUGCGUGCUCGGCUACACCAGGCUCGACAGCGGAAGCAGGAGGUUGUUCGACUGAGGAUCCAGGAACCCAUCCAACUGAAAACUAGAGGUGAACCCAACUGUACUUCCCGAUCGACCCAUCGAUCUAGCAGCUUGUACUAGUAGAAUUCAAUUCAAGAAACCAAUAAGCAUCUUUGCCGACCUGAGGAUGCACGGCUUUACUAGGUAGCUAGCCUUGCAUGUUUUGUUUGUACAUGUUAAUCUCUUUUGCGCUAUCAAUUGUGAAUUAAAUCAGUCAUGUGUUGUUGUUCA